AUUGUCGAGGAAGGUGCGCUCCAUUUGAAACCGCCACGUCUCGUUUUCAUGGGGAUGGUGUUAAAACCAUAUAUUGGAACUUCCUGUCGACAAAUUAGUAUAUGAUCGCCAAAAUUGAAUAACUUGGAGCCACAAUUAAGCCCCCUGCGCCCUUUCAUUUCGUCAUUCACGCCGACAAAAUUGGCGUUGCCUUUUUUUCCUUACGGUCGACGAAGACAACAUCAGGCAAGCGAGGUGGGACAAGGAAAGAAGCCAGCCCCGGACGCGAACUUUUCUUCUGAUCUUUUUGCGUCCUUUCAUAUGAUGAGAUGGUCCUUUAUCGUUUUUGGAAAACCAUAUAUUUUUGUUUAUUUGACCACAUAGUCUCAUUUUUUUGCCCGUUUUUCUUUAAAAUGUUGACUAAAAGUUGAGAGCGCGACGAGAACCUUCAGCACAAGUGUUGUUUCGGGAGAGGAGCGGAGUUUACGGAAUGCUCGGAAAGGACAGAACUUAUCGAGAGUUCAAUGAUGACGAUGACCACAACGAAGAAAUGCAGUCACCGGAUUUUUUCCGAGACGUCCUGGAAGACGGCGAGGAGCGCAUUGAGAGCGUUUCGCCAGAGGAUGAAGCUCAAGACAUCACACCGUCGAAGCGGGUCAGCAAGGCGUGCCUGAAAAACGUGUUCACGGUGGUGCUCAUCUUCAUCUACCUGCUGCUGACCACUGUGGCCGCCUUCCUGGCCUACCAGACCAUCUCCGACUUCCUGGACAAACUCAACCAUCCCGUCAUGUCAGUCACCUACAAGGAGGUGGAUGCCUUCUCGCCUCCUGGUAUCGCUCUGUAUCCCGGCAAUGCCCGGCUACUGAGCUGCCGGCACCACUACCACGACCACAUCCCGCCCCUGGUGGACCCUGGAAAGCCUCAAGAGGGCGACUGCGUCAUCAAAGAGGUGACCUACUAUGGGCUCUUCACCAACCGAACGAAGAAGAAGGCGCUGGUGGUGCAAGGACCGUCGGAUGUCCGCAACAAGGAGUUAAUCUUUAUGCAGUUCAGUCAGAACGAAACCGAGGAGGACUUCAGCGCAAUCACGUACAUGCUAUUCGCCAAGUUUAGCGACCUGGAUAUCAGUUUGAAUAAAUCUAAGUUCAUGAGGGACUGUGAGAGGAACUACUCCACGUGGACCUUCUCCGGGGGCUUCCGUACGUGGGUCAAGAUGUCCUUGGUGAUGACAUCAGGGAAAAGCGACCAAUCGGUGGAGUUUCGCCAAGAGUCCGCUGUGGUCAAAUUCAACGACAAGAGGCCCGAACCCGAAAGGAGCAACCAGCUCUUCUUUGCCGUCUUUGAGUGGCGCGAUCCUUUUAUCCAAGAAAUCCAACUGAUCGUGACAGCAAACCCGUGGUCGUCGGCAGCCAUUCUCUGCGGCGUCUUCAUGGCUCUCUUCAAGGCAGCCAAUUUUGCCAAGCUGACCGUGCAGUGGAUCAUCCGAAUGCGCAAGCGCCAUUUGAGGAACAAAGCCCGCCAACAGGGCAUCAUAAACUGAACACUGGGGAUGCUGAUCGAAAGACCUUAAAAAAAAAAAAAAACGCAGCACAGUCUGUCUGGACUCGAGGGCAGCGUUUCAUUUGGUGGUUGUAACAUUUCAACACAAGAUGAAUUUCAUUUCUUGUUACACAAUGUUGUCCUGAGAUGUAAGUAGAAACAAAGGGACCCUUUGUGCCCUGUCUAUUAUUCUCAGAGGCAAACAUUUCAGAGCCAACUUUUGUGUUACACAAACAUUCCUGUAUGUGCGUCCCGUGCACAUAUAUUAACACCUACAUAACACUCAAAACGAUUUGAUUUGUUAUUUUUAUUUGUGUUUGUUUUUUCAGUUUUCCUAGUGUAUGCUAAUCUGCUGUUGGGUCUUAAUUUGAUCAAAAUGACAUGAAUGUACUGUAUAUGGCGGUGAUUUUACGAGUGUUAUUUGUUCAUAUAUCAUGUUUUUAUGUUUUGUACGCCUAAACUUCAGACUUCACUGUUA